CCGAGUCGCAGAUCGGUUUCAUCGAGUUCAUCGUCGAACCGAGCAUGACCGUAUGCGCCGACAUGCUCGAGAUCGUGCUCGCCCCGAUCGCACCGAUCACGUGCAAUAGCAACGCCCCGGCGGCGGCGGCCACCGGAGGCACCACCACCACGUCUAGCGGCAACAAUAAUAAUACCAACAGCAACAACAACAACAACAAUAAUGUUAAUAAUAAUACCAACGUCAACAAUAAUAGUAGCAUUAAAAGUACUACCAAUACUCUUAGCGUACCGAGCAACAAUACGAACAACAAUGAAGCAAUAAGUAGUGCGGAGGGUGGCGAGGCCCCGGCCAAGCCGGCGGGUGGCGAAGCAGGUUCCGAAGGAGGCCCGAGCGGUGCCGGUACAUCGGCGACGGCCAAGAACGGGGCGGUGGAUCCGAACGAGAAGCCGAACCGCUUCAAAAUACGCAAACCCUGGGUGACCUGUCUGGCGGAGAACAAGAAAAUCUGGAAGGAGCAGGCCGUACGCGAUGCCGAGGCGAGGGCAGCGGCAGCGGCCGCUGAAGCAGCAGCCGCAGCAGCAGCAGCAGCGGAGGCCACAAACGAAUCUACCGAAGAAGGAGCGGAAGCCGCAGACGGGGCGGCUGCGGAAGCAAACUAAGAUUAGCGACCCACCACCAUCACAGCGAGAGUGGCGCGAGGUCAUCCGGAGGGCUGCAACGUGAUUUGAAAACGGCGAUAGAAGUCGACGACACAGAAAAAGAAAAGGAACAACCAAGAUGAUAGUAAAAUAAAUUAAACUUUAGCGCAACCCAUUAGAGCCCUCGUAGCAAAGAAAACUAGGAACUAAUCACUGCUGAUGACAAAACUGAGAACAAAAAGGAAAAGGAAGCAAAUAGUGAAUACUAAGUAGGAGCGCAGAAAUGAAGAGAGAGGGGAAAAACGAGUAGAGUGUAAAUGUAACCUAGAGAAUCAACUUUACCAAACACAAGUAAAUAGUGAGUACGACAACCCGACAACACAAAAAGAGCGCAACAACUGACAACACAAACUGGCCGGCAGCAACGCAAACACGCGAUGGAAGAUUGCGAAACCAAAUAGGGAACACAAUUGGAUGGGUCAAAUGGGUAGUCAAAAGUGGCACCGCACGACAAAAUUUAAGCCAAGACCGAAACAGAGAGAGAGCCAAACCCGUGACAGGUGAAAGGCGAAUAGGAAGAGCGAACAAAUAUUUACACAGCAAAUGUCUCUAUUUCUACAACUGUUUACACGGAACGGGUGAAGAAGCAGCGCGUAACCAGCAUCACCGCUCACUAACCGGCCACCGGCGUGUUUCCUUUAAGUUUAUUGUCCUUACAGUCUCAAGCUUGACGGCAAUCACAGACGGGGACGGGGACGGAGAAUUAGCUGAAGCGAGCUGAACCUGCGUGGCUUUGGUUAAUGCGUGGCCCCAUAUUUUGAACCAUUUGUUCCGCCAAAUGAAAACAACGCUCUGAUUACAGACAAUCAAUGCGUGUUGCCGUUUGAAGUUUGUGUCAACUUCGACCGCUUUUAUGUGUUACCCGCAAACCCUGAACAAGGACAUGGGCGAGUCAGCAGUAGUGUAGAGUAGUAGAAGCCAUGCACAGCCGUGUUUUGUCAACUCCAAUAAUGCUUUGGCCGCACACACAUCACACGCAGAGAUCGGUAGCAACGAGAGCACAUGCUGGAGGCAUUUUAGGAACGUGUAUUUCGUAUAACGAAACCAAUCCUUCGACAGUAGACAGCAUAGCAUCACUCACUGUGUCACGAGGGGGGAGACAUCCAUCCACUAGGGACCGCUGACCCGCGCGCCACCGCCAUAGAUAGCAGCUACUUUUUACUCCGUCUACAGCAAGGAGCAGCAGAGAAAAACCAUCCCGUGGACGAUGCAGCGAGUGUUUUAUUUUUAUACGA